AUGAAUUACUGGCCCUCGCCAACAAGCCGUGGAACAACGCAAGCUAUCGCUCUAGGCCUCGGCAGCAUGUUCAACCACUCGACACUUCAGCAGAACGUUGGUUGGAAGCGGAACACCGAGACCGCAGUCAUUGUUUACAGCGCCCUCCGGGAUAUCAAGAAUGGAGAGGAGUUGUGUAUCUCAUAUGGCAGCGCACGGCUCUGGUUCCCCGACGCUGAUUCGGACACCAUUGCAAAGAUAAAUGCUGCAGAUGAUAAGAUCUUGGAGGACGCUAGGCUCAAAGAUCUCACUGAGCUGGAAAUGAGUGGACUUGGCACCAUGGAACUCUAG